UAAGAAUCACACCAGACAUUUAAACAAGUUACAGAUCAGAAGUAGUUUCGUAGUUAGUCUCCUAACCAUAUAAAUUCUUGUGUUUUUAUUACUAAAAACCAUCAGUAUAUACUUUUACUGAAAUUCUGAUCGCAAAAUAUAAUGGGCAAAAAUCUCAAGAUGGUCAUUUGCAUUUUCUUAUUCCUCCUGUAUUUUCAGCAGCAGGUUGAUUGCAGCAGGUACCCAUUAUUCAACAGACUCUCACUUCGGCGAGCCAAUGCCUCCGGCGGAGAAGCUCUUGCCUUUAACGCCAGAGGCGGCGGACCUUACACCGGAGUUGCAGACGGCAGAAUACUCAGAUACCGUGGUCAUUUUCUGGGUUGGCAAGAUUUCGCCACAACCUCACCCAUGAGGAAUGAGAAGGCUUGUGAUAGCACAAAUGGAUCAAACGCGGCAAUGUGUGGAAGGGUUUUGGGACUUGGAUUUGAUUUCUUGAGCGGUGAUCUUUACGCCGUGGAUACCCAUUUCGGAUUUCAGGUCAUUCCACAGUCCGGCGGUCUCGGAAUUCAGCUUGCAACAGGAUUCAACGGCGCCAAUUUUACUUACCCGAAUGCAUUAGACAUUGAUCAAGUAGCCCGGGAAGUUUACUUCACUGAUGCUGGAAAAGUCUUCCAAACCGGGAACCUGGCAGAAAUCCGGAGGGGCAGAGACAAUGAUGGGAAAGUUUACAGAUACAACAUUGAGACAGCAAAAUUAACGUUGUUGAUCAGUAAUAUGUCUGGACCAACCGGACUUGCAGUGAGUAGAGAUGGUAGAUAUUUGGUGAUUUCUGAGUACAGCAGGAGCAGAAUCCGACGGUUUUGGCUCAAGGGUCCAAAUGCACUUACUUCAGAGACGCUGAUUAGGCUUUCCGGCAAUCCAGAAAACAUAAAAACAACAGCAAGAGGAGAUUUCUGGGUGGCCGUCACCGUGCCGCAACCGCCGCCGGUUCAGACGACGGCUGCCAUUGCUAUAAGGUUCAAUGGUUUAGGCAGGGUUCUGGAAACCAUUAAUCUCACAUCAGAGUACAGUGGGGACUUGAUUUCCGAAGUGCAGGAAUAUUUCAGGAGAUUAUAUAUUGCGUCUACUGCCUCAAGCUUUGUUGGAGUUUCUCGAGUGAGGCCUUAAGCGGUUUCUUUUUUUAGUUUACUUGUAUUACUUGUUUCCAAGGUAGUUUUUAAGUUUUAACUUUGAUAAAACCAUAGAGCAACUAUACGAGUUUAUAUAUAUAUAAUGAGCUUGAUUUCGCAUCAAAGAAUUCCAUGUCACCGAGGAAAAGACGUACUUGACCAAAAUGCCAAUAUAGCAAAAUGUAACAUUUUGUUCCAUAUAUGUACAAAAAGUUGUUAUCAUGAUCUAAAACUUUAUACUCUCUUCCCCAUACACAAAAAUCUAAUGGGAGACGAUUCAAU